AUGAUUAUCUACAUGCAUUUCCACUCCGUUUCGUUCCGUACUCCGUUUCCCGUUUUUACCAGCACAACCCGCUAUAAUGGCAGCUGUGACAAAGGUUGAGAAGUUUUCGAGGGCCUUGUUGAAGCUUACAGAGACCUGUAAUUCCUUCAUAUUGCCAGGUUCAUCAAGAAGUGAAUGUCGCCCUUUUCUUGUUGGCAAUCGUCAGGUCGGUCUGAUUCAUCAGGAUGUUUGGAAUCACCUCCUUCAUUAUCCGGAUGUAUUUGUCGUGUCAGCUUUAGAAGAAUCCAAGACAUCUAACCGGAAUAGUCUAACACUAAAUGCUGAAUACAAGACUGCUGCUGAACGUUCAGAUGCUGUUGCUAAAGUGUUAGAGGACCUCCGCCAGAAAGAUAUUUUCAUAUCUCUUAAGGGAUGGAGAGAUGAGACCUAUGAUGUUAAAGCUACCUUCACUGAUAUGCCACUGUUAGCCAUGGAGCGUUCAGCUACUAGUCUGUUUGGAACUGUAUCCUAUGGUGUCCAUAUCAAUGGUUACUGUCAUAAGGAUGGCCAGCUGAUGAUGUGGAUAGGACGCAGGUCAAAGACGAAGCAGACUUAUCCUAACCUGCUUGAUAACAUGUGUGCGGGAGGCCUAAGCUCUGGAUUAGCUAUACGAGAAUGUGCUAUAAAAGAAUGUCAAGAAGAAGCUUCAGUUCCCCUAGAGAUGUUUGAUCGAUUACAGCAGACAGGCUGUAUAAGGUAAGCUUAUACCAUUUGGUAGCAUUUCUCCAGGGUCAACUAUUCCUUUUAAAAUGCUACUAGUCCUUAGUGGUUUAGUGGGUUUUGACGAAAUUUCAUUUGAAGCAUACUUGCUCAAUAGGGACUCAAUUUUUAGCUCACCUUUUUCUUUGAACGACUUCUUCUUAAGAACUGGAGGACCUAUAGGGCCAUGAUAUUUGGCCAGUUCAUUAUGUAGAUACCUGAGACAGAGUGCUUUAAAGUUUCCUCACAUAAAUGACCUUGACCUAUUCUCAAGGUCACAGGGGUUAAAUAUGUAAAUAAAAACUUUAAACAACUUCUUCUGAAUAACCAGGACCAGCAGAUAUCUGACAUAAAGUGCUAUAAACUUUCAUCAAAUAAAUUACCUUCAACUUGGCCUACUUUCAAAGUCACAAGGGUAAAUAACUCCUGAAUAACCAGGAGGCCCAGAGAACUGAUACUUGGCCAGUGGGUAGAGUACUUGAGACAUAGUGAUUUAAGGUUUCCUAAACAAAUGACCUUGACCUAUUUUCAAGGUCACAAGAUUGUAAAAAGUGUAAAAACCUUUAAAAAUCUUCUUUUGAAUAACCAAGAGGCCUUGAGCAAUGCUAUUUGGCCAGUAGGUAUCUACAUGUAGGACAGAGUGCGGUUUCCUCAAAUAAAUUUCCUUGACCUACUUUUGAGGUUACAGGGGUCAAAUAUGUAAAAACUUUUAAACAACUUCAUCUUAUUAACCACAAGGCCAAGAGUAAUGAUACUUGGCCAGAAGGUACCUGGCAAUAAAGGAUUUUGGCCACAAUUUUUUAUAGUUUCAUAUUUUACGGUUGUUUGAUGCAAUAAUACGUGUAGUGACUGAGACCACGUCUCUCGGUACUCAGAUGACAGACAGGCCAGGUGAUGCCUCAUCUAUACCAGCCUUGAAUAGGCAUAUUUUGAACUCGGUACAAGGUCACAUGAUCUGUGACGUCAGAGUGGCGCGACUUACAUGAUGUCCUGUCCAUUGCGUGUACCCAUUCUGACACGCCCCCUUUACAUAUCUGCAAAACAGUAUAAGUAAUGACAGCAACCAAUAUAAUAAUUAUGUUGUAUGGGUGAAUUAAAUCAUCAAUCGACAAAUAAAGACAUAAAUUCUCCGAAAGAAAAGUUAUAUAUUCAAGCCUGAAUCACGGAAAUCUAAUCCUGUGUCAGCAUCCACGACAUUCAAUAUACACUGUAACUUUUAGCUGAGAGAUAGUAAUACACAGUUUACACACCUUAAUAUCUUACCUAUGAAUUAAAAGGUAUGUUAAUAACCUGUAGUUCUUACCACUUUAUACUAUAGUCAAAGGGCAUUUACGAUACCUACAUUUACCUGUGAAUUCACAGGUGAACUAAUUACCUCAGAGGUGUUACCUGUGAAUGUCAUGGUCAAAGGGCAUUUAUAACCGAUCCUCCAACUAACACAGGUAGUAUGGUGUACUGGUGCGUUUCUUUUUGUCCCCAGUGUUGGAAGAAAAAAAUGUUGUUGAAAGUGUUAAAGUAAAAUUCAAAAGCGUGUAACUGUAUUUUACAUGCGCUUUUACCUUAGGCUAGUAACCUGGAUAGAAAACUGAUGAUAUUUAAUGAGGUAAAAAUGUAAGUGUAUCAGAUACGAUAUUAGUUUGUUUUAUGAAAUUUCUGAAUUUUAAAGUUGUAUUAUUUUUGCAUUAAUAUAUGGUGAUGAUGAAAUGACACUUAUUGAAAAGUUUGAAAUACCAACAUGAACAUUAAUUUGUUAAGCAGCUUAAUUAGCAAACAUAUAUCUCCAGGGGUAGAUCCAGGAACUUGUGAGGAGUGAACUUGUGGCACACUAUUUUCAGAAUAAACCUUCCAAUUUCAGCAUAAAUCCAAACUUAUCAAGUUCCUGUUUAUGAAAAUUGUGUUUUAAAACAAACACAAAACCAAUAUUGUGAAGCCUAGUUGAAUUGAAUAUCACCAAAUAGAGCGAGCCCGACAGAAUUCUUUUCUAUUUCGAGUUCACGUAUAAUUUGAAGCUAACGAAUGAGUGGAAAUUUGGGAUCCUGUUUCUUUUCUGAAAAAAUAUGCAUAGAAUAUGAAGCAAUAUUUGUUUGUGCUUGGGUUUUGGGUAAUUACUUCAAGACACACCAGAGUGACGAAUCUGUUUAAGUAUUCAUAAAGAUACCAUAAAAAAACUACUAAUUUUAAUUGGAGUAGGCAAAUAAUACCACAGAACGGUACACUUUUUCAUAUAUUUCAAUACACAUUAGAAAGAAAAACAUUUGCUAAUUCCACACAAAUAGACUAAUUUUAAGUGAAAUUAAAAAAAAAUCAUGAAGUGUUGAAUGGCCAUUUUCAUUUUCGCAUCCCGAUUUCAGCUGACAUCUAAGCAAUAUUUCAAUGAAACAAAUAUUCACACUAUCAUAUUCAAUCAUGACAGUGACAGUCUGAUUGACACUUGUCAUAAAUUGGUUUCACAUAUACACGUGGGUAUACAAUUAAAAUAUAAUUCACAGUGUUUUUAUUUUUCAAGUGAUCUACGUGUUUCAUGUCUACGUGCUCUAAUAUUACACCAAACUCAAAUGCAAAAGAUAUUUGUUAAAAUUUUCACGUUUAGACGUUGAUAUGUGGAUAUGUAACAUUAUUUAGUAUAUAUAGGAGGAAUACAUGCGAUUUAUCAGCAGAUUUCUGAACAUUAAAUUAGAUUAUAUUACAAAUAUAUGACUCUAAAAAGUCACAUAAUCAAA